UUAAUUCUGGUCAAUGUAAAGAGGGAACUAUCCUGUGUACAUAUCGUGUUAUUGAAUAAAAUCUUACUCUUCCACCAUGACGGAUGAUUUUGAAGAAAUAUUAGCGUUAAUUAAAAGUACUUUGAAGUUGGAUCGUGAUCGUGGUUUGGAAUUUUUAAGUAAAAAAUUAUUGAACUUUGAAAAUAAUGAGAAAAACGACAAAAUCGAAAAUCUUCAGACCAAGAUCUUAGAGUUUAUUGCAUCCGAAAGUGAUACGAAAUGGGAAACACGACAAGGCGGUUUACAGGCAGCGAAAUUGAUCAUCACUAUGAAACCAUCGGAUGCAAAUUUAAAUGAAAGGGUACAAAAGGGUGCGUUGUGCUUAAUGCAUGACAACGAGGCUCGAGUUCGUCAAUCUGCAGGAGAGGUCUUGGGUGUUCUGUGUCAAACCAUUGGUACAUCAGUAUAUGAACAAUCUCGUAUGGAAUUGUUAAAAAGUGUUGAAGACAAUCUUGAACGGCAUAUUCCAGAAGACACAGUUUCCGAGGGUCAGAUGUUGAUAGAUGAAUCAAAUCCUAUUGAUGUAGGGAGAAAAAACUCAAUUCAAAUUGUCCACGAGUCGGUUGGCUGGAGGCAUUUGGAGACGAGCAUGAGAUGUCUUCAACAUGUUAUUGAAGGAUGUGGAUCAGCAUUCAGCAAAUACAUUGAUAAUGAUUUGCUAAAACUGUUGUUUCAAGCUCUUGAUCACACAAACAGAUUUGUGAGAGAAACUGGCUACCAAGUGUUCUCUUCCUUGGUUCGUUUAGGUCUCAAUAAAGAUGCCCCGGUGUCGUCUGGAUUAUCUCAAGAGCAAGCGAUGGAAAACAGGCAAUCCUUGCUUAACUAUGGAGAUAUGUUAGCUGACUAUCUGAGGAAAGGUCUCUCAGAUAACUGGAGUCAGGUUCGUCUGGCUGCAUCAUGGGCAACAAGAUCAUUCCUAGUCACUCUGGGUACAAAUGAUGCAAAAGAACAGUUUUAUCCAAAACUCUUACCACCCAUGUGUUUAAAUAGAUACUACGUUGCAGCGGGUGUACGGAUUUACUCGCAGGAAAAUUGGAAGAUAAUCACAGGGAACGACGGCAAGAGACUCGUGGAAAAAUACAUCAAAGAAACAGUGGAGUUUUAUAUCAGUCAAACAAAGGCAGAUAACCAUGCAGUGAGGGAAGCUGCAUGUGAGUGUAUAGCAGAAUUAGGAAUUAAGGUAUCUCCAGACGCCGUCCGUCCGUUCGUCAACGUUCUCCUUGCAGCUAUGAUAGACUGUUUUCAUGACGAAGGCUGGCCUGUCAGAGAUGCUGCGUGUUUGGCUUGCGGCAACUUUGUUCAAUGUUUUUCCGAAGAAUGCAGACCGCGUCUUUCCACGCUAUAUGAACUAUUCUUUGUCAAUCUUUGCGACAACAUACCGUCUGUUAGACAAGGUGCUGCAAUCUCAUUGGCUAAUCUCGUCAAAACUUACGGCGUGGAAGCAGUCGAAUAUGUAUCAGAUAAAGCUAAAGAAAAGUUAAAAGAGGUUGAUAAGCAAGAUAACAAAGACAAUCAAAGAUUCAGUGCUCUAGAAAAGGGACCUGGUUCAUUUGGUGUGAUAAAAAAACAGAGAGAUAAUGAUAUUGAACUUCAUACAAAUCAAACGAUGUACUCCUGCGGUUCGCUGGCGCCUAAAAUGGGGCGUGGCGGUUGCUCAGGUGGUCAUUUCAAACGACCUACACAACCAUGGGAGGUUACUGAUGGAUGUGUUUACCUCGUUGCCGAGUUGUCGAAGCUUGAUAUAGCACGAGAUCAUAUGAAAAUCCUCAUUCCUCUUAUGGCUGAAGCAACAAAAAAAAGAAAUUAUUCUCAAUAUUUACAAUUUUAUGAGACUGUCUGCAAACAGCUACCUAUAGUAGCAAAAGCUCUCGGGAAAAAACAUUUCAAAGUGUACUUAGAAGAAUUUCUGGAGGUCUUAUUUCACAGUUUAACGUGCGAAAACACUCUCACAUCAACAGCAGCCGCUGAAUGUACGCAAGACUUAGCAAAAUUACUUGGUCCUUCCAUACUCAAGGGUCGCAUAGAGAUGUACAAUCCAAGUUUUGUUCCAGUUUUUGAUAACUAUAUAUAUCGUUAGCGAACAAAACGACAAGUUUACAAACCGAGAAUAAUAAAGAGAGAUGAUGGGAAUUCUACUUUUUGUUCGAAUUUUUGAUCACUACGUUUAUAGCGAGGCAACGUCUAUAAACACAGAGAAUGGAGAGAACUGUCAGUUUGUGUAUUAUAUGAGUGAAAAAAUAAAUUAAAGCGUAAAAAUAAAACAAUCAUUGCUAAAUAAAAACGAACCAUAAUAUUUAUUCAUCAUAUCACAUACCUAAAAAUAUUGCUUUGUUCUACUAUUUACAAUGUUCAGAAUAAAUAACAUCUUUUCCUCAUAAAA